UGGGGGCAAGAAAACAUGAGCAGGCGCAGAUAUUCAGAGUCCCGGGCCGCCGGUAAAACCGGAGGAGGAGACGGCGGUCCGUGUGGAUCGAGCUUAGAAACUCGGGCGGGGAAAAUGUUAGCGGGGCAUGGACGGCUGGGAGCAGGAUUGUCGUUCAGCACAGCCGAAAGACGUAGGAGGAGCCGGGGAAGCAACGCGACCAGGAGAAACACGGGGACGCUGGGACGGUUUUCCCUCCACACACCUUCAGAGUUUGUGCGCAACAGAGGGAGAGACCUGCGGACCGAGCGGCCAGAGAUGAACACAGUUGUGUUUAACCAGCUGAGCAGCCAGAUCCUGUUUGAGGAGAAGGCGAAUGAGGUGGAAAUGAGCAGCAGAAGUUACCUGGAAGUCAUCGACGGCCAACAUCCAGAUCUCCUCUGCAGCAGCGCGGCCAUCAGAGAAAGCCAGGCGGUCAGACACAGGCGGAGCGGGGGUCGUCCCAGCGGCAGCAAAGUGCGACACAAGCGCCAGGCCCUGCAGGACAUGGCCCGGCCGCUCAAGCAGUGGCUCUACAAGCACAGAGACAACCCCUACCCGACCAAGACGGAGAAAAUCCUCCUGGCGCUCGGCUCGCAGAUGACUCUGGUCCAGGUGUCCAACUGGUUUGCCAAUGCUAGGAGACGCCUGAAGAACACAGUGAGGCAGCCGUACCUGAGCUGGGCCCUCAGGAUCAAACUCUACAACAAAUACGUUCAGGGCAACGCUGAGAGGCUCAGUGUCAGCAGUGACGACAGCUGCUCAGAAGAUGGAGACAACCCUCAGAGAACACAAAGUGGUCCUGAGGUUCUCACCAAACCCUUGUACCCGAGCGUCAUCAAGAGGGAGGGCUCCUCCAUGGUGGCCAUGACCAUAGGUAUGGACCCGGGGCUGCGUUCUGCCGUUGAGGCCGCCUCUCUGGCCGAGGACUACGUGUCUCCACCCAAGUACAAGAGCAGCCUGCUGCAUCGCUACCUGAACGACUCUCUGCGGCACGUCAUGGUGGCCAACGCUGUCACGCACAAGAGAAACCACUCUGGCUCCUUCAGCUCCAACGAGUACGACGAUGAGCUGCUGUCGCCAUCCUCCUCUGAAGCUGAGGCCAACUUCGUUUAUCAAGCUGAAACCACAGACCUUGGGCCAAGUAAAUGUUACAAUGGCAGCUCUGGCGUCACAGCUACACAAAAGCAAAAGAAGAAGGCCAAAGUUGAGACGCACUGGAAGGAGAUCAACGCGGCCAUGGCCUUGACCAACUUGGCACAGGGGAAGGACAGCGUCUCUGGGACAACCAGCUGCAUCAUCCAGAAGUCCUCUCACAUAGCUGAGGUGAAGACUGUUAAAGUAGCAUUGGUGCACAAAUAUUAGCUCUGACAUUAUUUGUCCAUCCAAAGCAGCAAACAUUCCUCUGUCAGUAAACUUGAUAGAAUCCAAAAACUCUCCCUGACUUAAAACUAACGGUUGCUUAAGGAGAAGAGAAGGCUUGUGGAAAAACUAUAUUUUUGGUCCUUCUGAAACUGUUCAAAAGUUGGACUUCUUUUCUUAAAAAACACAACUUUUGUAAUGUUAACUUAUUUUCUAUUAGUAUUUUUUAUGACAAAAAAUGUAUAUCCAAAGUGCCUUUGUUUUUAGCAGUGCAGCUCAGUGAUUGUGAGCAAUGGAACAUAUGAUUACAGAGAUUUGUGAAGAAAUGUUUUGUCACGUGUAGUGUUAUCCUUAAAACAUGAUGUGCCUUAAUGACAGAGUGAGCUCACUGGCAUUGAUGAACUCAAAUAGUUUGCAUCUGCACAGAUCCACGGUGGAAGUUCCUCACAUGAACUGUUUUUUUAUUUUGACUGGAGUUUCCAUUUUGGCUGUAAACAGCAUGCUGCUUUAUCUCAGUCAGACUCUAGAUUCUGGAAAGCAAACAGUGACUGCUGAGUCACCUCAUCCACAUAUCCGCCUUCAGUCACUGAAGGAUCCUCUCUUAUCAACCCGUGUAGCUGCUGAAACGUGCACCAGUUCUCAGCUUGACCUGAAGCCACAAUCACCCACAUGGCAGAUAAAUGUGGAGUCAUAUGUUCUGUCAAAGACUGCAGUGACCUAAAAGGGAUGUCUUUAGUAUUCUGUCUGCCAUACAAGCAGUGAGUGCUUUGCAUAGUUUAACAGUAUUGUCUUGUAUAAAGUAACCAAAAAAGAAAAAAAAAACUCUGCUCCCUCUUUUGAUCCACAGCAUCUCCAGAUGUUCAACAUUUCUUUCAAAUUACUGUCUACAAGAAGCCUGAGGAUAGACUUAAAAAUGUAACCUUCUUCUCCAUGGUCUCUUUUCCCCUGCACUUCAUUACAAUAUUAUUUCUUUGUAAGCCAAGCAAGUGUUCAAAGCAUUUGUUAUGGAUGCUUGUAUGUCUUGUUUUGUUCUCGAUCAAAACCAUCUCCUCUGACUGUGUUGCAUUAAAAUCAUCUCUGUCAUCUAAUGGAAAGAAUUGCUUUCUGAGAAAGUGCUCAUUCCUUAUUGUGCGUGUGUUUAAUUGUUUAUGGUAAACUGUGCUAAGCUCAGAAUCAGGGGAACAAGUCAAAUCCUUAAUUGGGGCCACAGUUGCACAUCUGUGCUGACCUUUAAUUUUGUAAAAUUUCUUCAAAGUACUGUUAUUGUGCCUCAAAAUGGACUUGAAUUGUGUCAUUUGUAUAAAAUAUUUUCCUGAAUUUUCCCACUGGAAAAAUGAUGGAUAUUUAUAUUCUAUUCAAUGCUGUAUUACGGUCAAGGUCUUUGAGAUAGCGCAAAAGUGCACAGUUACCUUUUCAUGUGUUAAAUGAUUAACUUUAGUUCAUGGUUAAGGUAUUUUAACAAAACAAAGUUAAACAUACAAACAAUCAAUGAACCUUUGGUUAUUUCAGUCAGUGUAUGCUGGAUUAGCUUUGAAGUAGUUUGGAAUUAAUCACACGUUCCAAACCUCAGGCCAUGAUUGUUUAUGCACUAUAGGGAUCUUGACGUCCGUGUCCGACAUGUGUUUUUUAUCUGCCUGAUCCAGGCAGGGUAGCUGCAGGGAAGAAAUGGAUCGGCUUCUUGUUUUUCCAGUUUGCAGCUCUGAACCUCUGGGCCGCUCGCACCUCACAUGAUGGCUACAUGCUGGGAGGAGACAGAGCAAGGGCAAGGGGAGUUCAGAAGCAGCAACUGUCUACUGCCCCAAUAGAAACACUACAUGUAUUAACAAAUGGAUUCUACUACAAUGACUUUGUUACUGUAACACUCACUAGCACAAACUCUGCUCUUAUAAUAUUGAGAAAUACAAAAAAAAUUAUGUUUUAUGGUGUAUAAUGUUUUACUUUGACAAAGCAAGGAAACUGGUGACCAAAACUUCCCUUUUGUUGUUAAUUUAUGAACAAUGAUUUUUUUUUAUUAUUUUGAUAGAAUGGAUUCCCAACCCAGUGACCAGAUAUACAUCUCCUUGUAUUUUCUUGUGUGCUAUCUUCUAAAGUUUAUUUUAUAAAAC